AAUUGUCAAUAUUGCGCGCGUACGCGCCACUGCAUGCCAUGCACAUUCUCUAGGCCCGGAUAGAUUGUGUUUCUCUGGUCGGUUUCGAACAUCGAGUGCCGAAUGCGAGUGCACAUGCACGCAAAGCCCGUGCGUCUCCUAGCGAACUCCUCGGCGGCCAUUUGAACGUCGCCGUCCCUACGGCGCCAUCGUUUUAAGAAACGGAGCCCGUCUCAGCGAAACCCAACCGAUAAGAUCGGCCGAAAUGGCGAGUACGUCGCAGCAGUAUUGCCUGCGCUGGAACAACCAUCGUUCGAACCUGCUGACAGUGUUCGACGAGCUGCUGCAGAACGAGGCGUUCACAGACGUAACCCUGGCAGUGGACGGCGGUGUCUCCGUGAAGUGUCACAAGAUGGUCCUGGCAGCGUGUUCUUCCUACUUUCAGACAUUGUUCAUCAAUCUGCCAUGCAAACAUCCUAUAGUCGUGCUGAAGGACGUGAAGUAUUCCGAAAUCAAGGCGAUUCUCGAGUACAUGUACCGGGGCGAAGUAAACGUAGCGCAAGAACAGCUGACUGGCCUACUGAAGGUCGCCGAGGUGUUGAAGGUGAAGGGUCUGGUCGAAGAGAAUGGUUCGCAGGGUCGUCGCGAGGAAGCAGAGACCUCGAUGUCACCGCCACCGGCAAUCAGUACGAGUACGAGCAGCGUGGCUCACAGUAGCGGCCACACAUCGCCACCACAUUCCACCGGUACCUCGUAUAACGUGUACGGUCGAUCACCGGUGGACCAGGGCCCGAAUCGUUUGCCGUUACCCAUGUGGCCGCUAUCCGGGCUUCCUAUUUCCCACUCCGGCUCCAGUCACCAAGCAACGUCCCAUCCGCAACAUUCUUCCAUUCUGACCGGUUCCUACAACAAUGGCUUUGAAACCUCACCCCUGAAACGUAAGAAACUUUCAAACAUGCUGAUGAACAGGGACACACCGAUCCUUAGGACGGUGCUGGGUCAAGGUCACGCGGAUAGCUCUCAAGGUAUCCCCCUGUUGCAUCCAGACAGCCACGACAGCCACUUUCGGAACAACAGCAACGGCUCGUCGAAUGAAAACGAGAGACGCAGCAGUACGGACGUAGUUCACGGAGAAACGGCUCACAGUCCUUAUACCGAUGUCUCCAUGAUGGACGAGGAUGAUAAGCAACCCUCGCCACAAUCUUACACCGGAGAAGUAAAGUCAGGGAUCGUGAACUACGUACCGGCACAAAAGCCGGAGUGGAAACGGUACAAGCAGUAUACACGGAACGACAUAAUGUCCGCGAUCGAGGCGGUAAGGGCAGGAAUGAGCGCUCUGCAGGCGGCACGUAAGUACAGAGUACCAUCUCGAACCCUUUACGACAAAGUGAAGAAAUUGGGUAUCACGACAUCGCGGCCGUUUAAACGCGGUUCGAACGGCAGCGGCGGUGCUUGUUUUCCUUACGGAAUUGGCGGGAAUGCGAACGGUGGCAUCUACGGCGGUGCUCUCUCUGAAAACGAAAACGAGAACAGCAACGCGGUAAUGGAGAGCCCUGCCUCGAUCCUCGACACGUACAAAGCCAGGGACUGUCCGAUAGAUAGAGAAAUGUUAGACAUGACUCGAUGUAGUCCAAGUCCCAGUCCCGUCCACUCCAUCAAACAACAGAGCAACGAGGAUCAGGUGGAAGAUCUCUCUGUAAGUCGUAAGUCGGAUGUUCGUGUGAUAGUUCCGCCAACAUUGGUGAUCAAGGACGAGGAGGGUGUUGCCUCCGAUUCCUGCAGCCACAACUAA